AAGUUUCGCGAAUUUUUCUUUAGAUCUUUGAUUUCUAAUUCAACUCAAAUAAAAAGUAAAACCAAUUACUUAGUCUAUGGUAAAUAUAUAACAAGAUUCUAGCUCUUAUAUCUUUUUAAAAUGGAUUCUUCAACGCAGAAUGAUGAUAGUUACGUGAACUUCUUACAAGAUCAAGUUAGAAGACUUAAUGCAGUAUUAAAGGAAUACCAGAAGAAGUAUCUUCCUGUCAAGGAGCCUGACUUAAAGGGUAAUGAACCUCUUCCACCUUGGCUAACAAACCAGAGUAUUAUAUCUCCCUUACUCGUUGAAUACGAUGAAAACAUCAAAUCACUACAAGACCAGCUUAGGUUUCAAAAGGGAGAAUUAUCCACCUUAAAGCAGAGAACCGAUAGAGUUAUAGAGGAAAACACUAGGUUACAUGAGGAACUACGUCGUAGUAUAGAAACACAGAUGGAAGUUAUGCGUAGAGGAGAAAGUUCAGGAAUAGCAGACUUGGAAAAGGAAAUGAUUGACAAAAUGCAGUAUCAGUUACAGCUUGUUAACCAGGAAAAGGACAGCUACAUUGAGAUGUGGGGAAAUGCAACUAGGGAGCUUGAGAAACUGCAGGAUAUAGAUAGGGAAAGGUCAGCUGAGCUCCGUCAAAGAAGUAAAGAAAUAGCAGCUUUACAGAGUGACCUCCAGAAAGCAAGACGCCUUGCAGAAAAUCUCCAGCUUGAAUAUAAGAGAAUCAAAAUGGAAAAUGACAAGAUUCUGAUGUCAGCACAAACACAGGAUCAGGAGAUUGACAGCACAAGAAGUGAUUUACGAAAAUGCAAAACAGAAUUGAAGGCAAGCAAAGCAGAAACUGAGGAAAUGAGGAAAACAUUAGAAAGCAUAGAAGCAAUGAGAAGAUCCAAGGAUCGUCAAAUAGAUUCUGUUAAGGGACAACACCAAUCAGCUGAUGUACGGAAUGAGGAACUGCAAACUUAUGUACUUGAACUAGAGUCAAGACUCGGUGCUAUGAUCAAGGAAGUAGGAAGGCUGAAUACAGAAAAGGCUGAUGUUGAAGAACAACUUGAAACUCUUCGAAAAAGAAAUGCCGUGCAAGAACAGCGUGAGUUUGAARCCAUUACGCAUGUGCGAGACAGCGUCCAGAUGGUAGAAAAUGCUAUAUUGGAAAGAGACCAGGCACUUGUUCGUGAACAACAGAAAACUCAAGAAGCAAACAGGCUGCAAGAAGUAAUUGACAAGUUACUACGAGAAGCUGGAAAAAAGGCAAAAGACGAGGUGGACGCGGUUAGAGAUCAAUGCAACAAGAACUUACAGCGAUUGAUGGAAGAGAUGCAAUAUCUUGAAAUGGAAGGAGCAGAAAAGCAGGCUCAGUUAGAAAGAGCAGUAAGAGAAAAAUCCGCCGUCGAAAAAGAGUUGGAAAAGGUGUACAGGGAAGGACCGUCUGAGAUCGAAAGAGUUGGAUUAACCUUUGAAGAACUACAGAAGAGAAUCGGUGCGGCAGAGAGAGCAAGGGAUGAGUCUUCUAUUAACUGUGCUAAUCUUAAUACGACCAUUAAACGCAUGGAAAGCAAACACGAGCAGGAGAAGGCUCAAGCAUUAUCUGAAAACGACGAACUACGAAGAAGGAUGAAACAGUUGGAGAAAGAGAGCGAGGAGAUGUCAGAGAACAGACUUCAUUUAGUUGAGGAAAUUGACCAACUUAAACGUAAUCUACUUGAAGCAAGACAAAGUAGAGAYAAAGCCGAACAUGAACGUGAUACAGAGGUUGCAGCUCUAAAAAAGAAAAUGGAACUCAAAGAGAAAGACUUCGACUUGAAACUUCGCAGCGUGGAAGAGAUGAACCGCCAGUCGAUCAAUGAYAUGAGAGAGAUGUUGAACUCACAACAGAAAAUAGGAAUCCAAUGGAAAGAAGAGACGAAAUCACUGACACAAAAAUUUGAAAAAACUGUUAAUGAAUUAAGGCARCAAGUCUCCAUGCAAAAGAAACGUAACGAUGAGCUUAACCAACAACUCGCUGAUUCUCGUCAAUAUUCAGAACAGGUUGAAWCCAAACUGAGUACUUUUCAGCAAACCGUCAAUAAACUACAGAAGAUGGCAGUAGAUGCUGAAACAAGAGCUGAUGCUGCUAGUACACAGGUGUCAACCCUUUUAAACCGAGAGCGUCAGCUACUGCAAGACAGAAAGCUGUUGAAUCGUGAGCUGGAAAAACUCAAGCUAGAAAAGAGUAGGCCUGGUAACAACAAUAGCAGAAUAAGAGAACCCCCGCAACGUCUUUCAGAUCUGCUGGCCAACCCUCAUGCUGGCGCACCUUCUUAUGAACCCCCAGUACGCCUYGACUUGAUGUCACCACGUGACGAAAGACUUUUUGGCGAUCUUGAUGGAUUUGAUCGUCGGCCAAUAGGAGGACAAGAAUAUUCACGUAAUCGAGUGAUAUUAUGAUGAUAAUGUAACAAAAGCAUGUUUUUCUAUCUUCUAAGUAAAAAGAGGUUUUCCACCAUCACGUUGUGACGGCAGCCAYGUUAGAUGGCAGGAACAAUAGAAUCGUUUUACAUGAGAAAGAAUUCAGUUUCCGAGAGCAAAGAGAUUUWAUCGUUCUGCUAUCUAACCACAGGCAGCCCAAACUGUAUUAUGGGCAUGGGCACGUGAUGGUAGGCACUGUGGUGAAUAACUAGGACUAUGUUUACAAUUAUUUGUUAUUGUUAUGCAUGAAACUCAUGUAUGUAUAGGUGAAACCUCGAUCSUAAGCUCGGAAAUAGCUACUUUUUAUAGUACCUGAGGUAUGAAAUACAGAAAUAUGAAAUACAGUGUGGAAUUUAUAAAUAGUAAACCACAUGACAUGAAGUGUAUCGCUUUUUUUCAACUUGCCAAAACUUUCAGAUCUUUGGUCAAAGAAACGUUAUUCUUGCUAGUUAGGUUUUGAUAGUUUAUAUAUUGUGUGAAAAAUUCCAAAUCCUGAAUGAAUUUAAUUUUACGAAGCUUUAUUAACGAAAAACCGUUUUUCAGAAGAAAAACUUGGAUGCGGCAUUCUUCAUAUACUUACUCCAUCCACUAAAAGCAUACUAUGUUGUUCAGUCACAGAAAACAAAAUCCGCAGGCAACCCAAAACUCAUUUCCGUACCUGAAAACGAACCAUUUGCCAAUUGAAGAAAACAUAAGGAAAAUGCUUUCUUUUUUCUUUACAGGGAGUUCGGUUUUCGUGUCGGUAUAUCACAUGAAAUGCCGCCGCCAAUGUUAUGUGGUUGAAAAAUAAAGCGCAUUUUUUUCUGAGAUUUUCUGGAAAUUUUCAUCAGUUUUUAUUUCAAGCGACUUUUCUUUUGCGUUCUUUGAGUUGGUAUAGCCGAAAUUUAGAGCAGUCGGAGGCCAUUUAGGCUAACGGUGAUAGCAAGCUCCGAUUCCGCUAAAACUCGGCUCUAGCAAAGGACACAAACUGAAUGGUAAAUGGUAACAAACUUCUGGAAAUUCACAUCGACUCUCAUAUCAUGAGUAAAUACACUAAAGAUAUACGUGAAAACAGUCAUUUAAUGCCAGMAAAUACUCAAAUAUACUAUGUACAUACUGACAUUAGUCAAAGGAUUUAUAUACACURAUUUAUAAAGAUCGUGUUUGGAUAUCAUUUAUAACACACUUUUUCUAUGUCAAAUAUAUUGCUUUUGUGAUAAACUAUUAAAGUUGACUAAAUAUU